GUGUACUCUAUGGUAGUGGGAUGGCUCAUUCUUCCUUCUGCAGGGGCGGGGUGGACUGCUGGUUGGUGACCCCAGAAGAUCUCCGCAGUGAUGCUGUUCUGAUGCUCUGCAGCUGCCCACAGGCUCCAGCCAUGCUACAUUCCUGCCUUUUCCCGAUUCCUGCCUUUCCUUAUAUUUUGCCUUUCCCCCUGAGAGCGUGUGUCUUAGGUGUGGUUGGGCCUCUCUGCUCUGCUUAAGAAUCUGCUGAAGAAGGUUCUUGAUCACUUUUCUUUCCGCCUUCUCACCUUUGGCCUCUUGGAUCAGAUCCAGCUCAGCGUAGGCCCCUCGAAGCAAGAGUCUUCACCAGGGAGAUGACCGGUUCGCCUUCUCUUAAAGUUCCAGAUUGUCUUCGCGUUUGCCUUCAGUGGGGCUGAUCUGUGGAUUUUAUCCUGCCUAUGUUCAGCUGAAACUUGGAGGAUGUGGGGUCGUCAGCUGAUGUACCUCUUCUCCAGCUCCCACCGGCUGCUGAAGAAAGGUUACAGGCACCGGACACCAUGGCUGCUCGGAUUCAGGAUAAAUCUUCCAAGCCUGACACACUGGCAUCACACAGCCCCAGAGUCGCUGAAAUGUGCCUGGCAGUUAAAUGAUGAUCACUUGGAGCUGAAAUAUGGGAACACCCUCAUGCGCUUCAACUACAUCUGGCUACGCGAUCACUGCCGCUCAGCUUCCUGCUACAACACCAAGACCAACCAGCGCAGCCUGGACACGGCCAGUGUGGAUCUGGGCAUCAGGCCCAAGAGCGUCCGAGUGGAUGAAACGACACUCUUUCUCACCUGGCCAGAUGGCCAUGUGACCAGGUACGGGCUGGAAUGGCUGCUGAAGAACAGCUACGAGGGGCAGAAGCAGCAGGUCAUGCAUCCGCGUAUUCUCUGGAACGCUCAGAUCUACCAGGAAGCCCAGGUGCCCUCCGUGGACUGCCAGAGUUUCCUGGAGACCAACGAGGGCCUGAAGGAGUUCCUGCAGAACUUCCUGCUCUAUGGGAUCGCAUUUGUGGAAAAUGUCCCUGCAACUAAAGAAGACACUGAGAUCUUAGCAGAGAGGAUUAGCUUGAUAAGGGAGACUAUCUAUGGCAGGAUGUGGUACUUCACCUCUGACUUCUCCCGGGGAGACACAGCCUACACCAAGCUGGCUUUGGACCGCCACACAGACACCACUUACUUCCAGGAACCCUGUGGCAUCCAGGUGUUCCACUGCCUCCGGCAUGAAGGGACAGGUGGUCGGACAUUGCUAGUGGAUGGCUUCUAUGCAGCAGAGCAGUUGCACCAGCAAGCCCCGGACGACUUUGAGCUCCUCGCCAAGGUGCCACUGAAGCACGAGUACAUUGAGAAUGUGGGGGGCUGCCACAACCACAUGAUUGGGGUUGGGCCUGUGUUGAAUGUCUACCCUUGGAACAAUGAGCUCUACUUGAUCAGAUACAACAACUAUGACCGAGCCGUCAUAAACACAGUGCCUUAUGACACUGUGCACCGCUGGUAUACUGCACACCGCACUCUCACCACUGAGCUAAGGAGGCCAGAGAAUGAGCUCUGGGUCAAGCUGAAGCCAGGCAAGGCCCUGUUUGUGGACAACUGGCGUGUUCUGCAUGGCAGAGAGUCUUUCACCGGUUACCGCCAGCUCUGUGGCUGCUACCUGACGAGAGACGACGUGCUGAACACAGCCCGCUUCCUCGGGCUACAAGCCUAAUGUGCCCUGAAUUUCUGGAGGUUUGAGGGUUGUGGAUCUGGGAAGGGGAGAACGUUUUGUAUAUACCUCACAGACUUGACCUUCUGCUCGCAAGAAGUCCCCACAGGAUUACUUGAUUGUGAGCCAUCCCAUGCAGUUUAUUGCCUUUUCCUCUCUCUGUUCUGUGCUCCCUGAUUGUCUGGCUCCCUUUGGCUUCAGAAGCACAACCAAUUGGCUCAGCUUGUGCGGGAAGAAAUUGGGAGGCAUGUAUGGGGCUGCAACAACACUCCAGGUGCCAGAUCCUUGUGCCUUUUGCUAUUUGAAAGCAAUCAAUAAAACCAGCCUUGGUUAUCUGGCAUUCUGUACACAAGUUUUACUGACUGUGGCACAAGUGGAUGUGCUUGGAAAUGGGGGAGAGGAGGACUCUUCCCCCCACUUCGUCUUCAAACACUUCUGAAAAUACAGAAGUGCCUGGUGGUGGAAGGUUUUAGAGUUCGCCGCAUCUUUUCUCUCCACUGCCUGCUACUAACCCUGGUGGUUAUGUUCUACCUCCACUGCUGGAGACAGUUUGCUUCUGAAUACCAGUUCCUGGAAACUGUAGGAGGGGAGAGUGCUCUUGUGCUCACGUCCUGCUUGGGGGCUUCUCAUAGGCAUCUAGCUGGCCACUGUGAGAGCAGGAUGCUGGACUAGAUGGGCCACUGGCUUGAUCCAGCAGGGCUCUUCCUAUUUUUUAAAAUUGUUUAAUAUAUAUUAUGUAUAUAUAUAUAAAAAAAAAAUAUUCAAAGGAUAUUCUCCACAAAUAAUGGCACAUUACAUCUUAGCCAAGCAGUGUCAUAAACAAAUACGUUUCCUGUCUUGCAUUCCCAUGCUGAAAGUUCCAAAAGUCCAAAACACAAUUCCAUCUUUCUGCAUAAUCGUUGGCUCCAAUCCUCCCCUCUCUUCUUCUGCCUAGCUCUGUUCAUUUAUUCAUCACUGCUAGCUCCAAACACUUCAUCAGAAAUUCCCAUUUCCAUUUCCUUGCCCAAACAAUCUUCACCGCCAUGAUAAUUAUAUAUACAAGGAAGUUCAUAUUCUGAGCAAUAUCAUCCUCAAUUAUAUUAAAAAUUACUAACAUUAGGUUUGAUCUUAUCCUAGAUCUAACUAAACUUGGGAUUGUUUGAGCAAUUAGCCUCCAGUAGUCCACAGCAAUUGGGUAAUCCCAUCCCAUAUAUUUAAAGUUAGCAUUUGGUGCAUUACGUUUCCAGCACUUCAAAUGGUUAGUCGAAUAGAUUUUAUUUAGUCUGGCAAGAGUCAAAUACUGUCUCAAUAAUAUUUUGCAUUGAGCUUGGCUAAGAGAGAUCUUAUUGACCUGUUUCCAGAUCAUAAUCCACUUUUAAAAUGGGAUAGGCCAGCCCAGUUCUCUUUCCCAUCUUAUCCUGGAGGCAAGAUCCUUAGUGUUCAGAUUUGUCAAAAUGCUAUAGUUCUCUGCCAACAACCCUUUUUUCUUACAUAUAUUCUUUUCUUAAACUGUCUUAUGCCCUAACAUUAAUGUAGGACCCAGCAGUUCAACUAAAAAAAAUCUAACUUGUGUAUAUUGAAACCAGAAUGGCUGCCAGCCACCUGUUCUUAAGCCAAUUUCUUGGCGUGUUAGUGUCUUCCAAUUCUGUAUCAAAUCUCCCAACUGGAUCAUAUCAUUCUUCUCCCCAUCCCCUGAAAUCGGUUUAAUGCAAGAUUCUAAUAGCUCUGUGAUGUCUAGUAAGCGAUUCAGUUUUACCAGUAUUUGAGCUAAGUGUGGAUUUAUAUCUGCCCCAAGUUUUUAAUACCUGAAGUGGUAUUAUGCUACAAAGACAAACCUCUGUCCCUCCUAGGAGUCCACAUCAGGGAGACUAGUGGGGGUGCAACAAACAGUUGCUCCAGAUUGUAUAAAUCCUCAUUCUCCUCCCAGUAAACCCAUAAUCUCAACCAAGUUAAUUGGGCUGCUUCAUAAUAAGUUCUUAAAUUAGGAACGUCUAAGCCUCCCAGCUCUUUUGGGGAUUGCAUUGUCUUAUUAUCAGUUCCGGGCUGUUUAUCCAUCCAUAUAUAAUUAUCUAGGAUUUUCUACUUCCAACUCUCAAUUUACAGCCUUAACAUCUCUCAACAAUGUGCUGCAAUCCUCAUGAUUUUCCUGCAAUUUUUAAAAAUUUUCCUCAUGUUCCAACAUCUUUCCUGAUAAGUUAGCAACUUUGUUCUCUAAUCCAUCUGCUUUCUCAGAUAUUGUAUUUCUUCUCAGUGCUUUGUCUCACUCUUCCAACUUUCUAUUAAGUCCUCUAAACCAAUUCUCUUUUUUCCCCCUCUCCCCCUGAACUUGAGUAUUUCUUUCUUCAAAUGAUUUCAAUUCUUUUACAAAAGCCUCCUGUAUUUUUCACUCAACUUCUUCCUCUCAAGGCUCCUGUCCUCUGUUAUGUUUCUUUGAAGGCAUCUUUUCUAUAAAAGUUGUAAUUUUUGUCUUGUUAAACAACUAUUCCAUUAAUUUAGUUUCUCCAGUUUUGCUAGAUAUCCUACCCCUAUGUCAUUAAUUCUACAAUUCACUAGUUGAAAAUUUUCAUUAACAAUAUAGUUGGGAUGCCUAAGUAAGAAUAUAAAUAAAUAAAUAGCUAUUCCUCCCCCCAGAAAAGGGGGAUAAAUAAAUAAAUAGGUGAGUAAUUAGGAGGGAAACACCUCUCCUAAAUCAAUUAGGUGAUCAAUCAACAGAUUAAAAGGAUAACAAUUGAGAAAUUUAUUAGAGAAUCAAGUAAUCAAUCAAUUUAAACUAGAGAGUUCAUUAGCCAGUCUGAUAAGGAAUCAAUUACCAACUAAUCCGUUCAUUAGAGAGUCAGUUACAGAGAGGAGUGGCGCUUGUGCAAUUCAUUAGGCAGUCAUUUAGAUAAUCUGUUAACCCUCUGUUAUAUCAUGCCAAAUUACAAGGCUGAAAUUAUACUACAAACUGAUAAUAAAAGGAUUAGUGUCUUAAUGUGUACGAAAGGAAAAGCUCCAAAAGUGCAUUAGCUCCAAUUCAGGAAGUGUUUCUUUUGAUACCCGAACCUUCCUUUGC